AUGCCAUCAGCCACUCGUGCAGCGCGCACCAAAAAGGAGGUCGACGACAUCGACCUCUCCUUCCUUGAAGAAGAUGAGGACAUUCUCGCACUUCAACGAAGAGCGGCCUCCAAAGGCAAGGCCAAGGCAGCACCGUCUGCAAGCUCAAGGAGGACAGCCGCCGGUGCUACGGGCCCACGCUCGAUGAGUGCAAGCGGUUCAAGGGCAACAAGAGGCAAUCUUCGUCGAGCCGAUGACGAAGAUGACGAUCAGGACGAGCAAAGCGACGACGACCUGGACAUUGACGACAUCAUCGCUUCCAUGAACGGAGGAAAUCGGAGCGUCGGCUCAAGAGGGAAGAAUGCUUCCAAGGCCAAGACCAGCGCACCACCUCGUCCCAGCACCAGGAUCAAUUCGACUCGGUCCCAGACACUCGCCGUUAGGACAAGUGGCCGUCGAGCGCCACCGCGUCAAUGCCUUGUCCCGCUUUCAAAUGCUGCCGACAGUGACUCCGACCUAGAUGACGGCGAAGUUAGCGGCCAGAACAGCGAUGACUUGCAAGAAGAGCUCGACGAUCUCAACGACGAAUUGGACGACGAUGACGGCGUUCCCCGCCGCUCGACUCGUCGCACUCAGGAGAAGGGCAAAGCACGAGCGUCUAGUACGCCUGCCAAAUCCUCAUCCCGUACGGCCACCAAGGCGCUCACUCGCUUCAUCGUCGACGAUGACAGCGACGACGACGACGACGACUUCGGAAAACGUGCCCAAAAGAACCGGGCAGGUCGCACAUCCAAGCGCGACAGCAAACGUCGAUCACGUACAGAGCAAUACGAGGACAAAGACGAGGACGAGAACGACGAUUCGGACGGCGAGGCAGAGGUCGAUGAUCAAGAUGAGGAGGAGGAUGAGCUCGAGGAAUCCGAUGCCGAUUAUGGACCGAAGCGCAAAACCUCCACCGCAUCCAGAUCCGCGCCCAAGCGUCAGCGCCUCACCAAGGCGAGCUCAAAGCCCCGCGGGCGGCCACGCCGCAAAACAACGGUCACAAGUACGCGGCGUAAGCCUGUGCACCCACAAAAGAUGCGUUUCGCAUUGCAGAGCGAUCUUCCAGUGCCUCAUAUCGACCCGCCCACGUCCGCCGAGGUACCCGUAAUCGAGAUCGACCAAUCUGCUCUUCCUGACGACCUCACCGUCGUCCCCACCCUCGACGACAUCGAGCCGAUUUACAGUCCUUCGGAGCUUUCCGACGUUCGUGACGACGACGGCGAUGACGAUGACGAUGUCGAGGUGAUCACAGAUGCCGAAUCCGAUUCAUCGGUCGAGGAAGCAGAGCCGUAUCAGGCUCCAGAAGCACCCAUCGACAAGCACUGGCCCGCAUGCAAGCGCUGCAAUGACGGUCCCGCUCUGCCUCUCUACAACAAGGCGCUCUCGCAGCUCAAACGAGCCACCAAACGCGAAGCCAACAGGCUCCGCAACAGAUCGCCCGAGCGCGUCGACUCUCGCGGCCGUUUGCGCAAGAACAUCAUCGACGACUCGUGGGGCAAGCUGACCGCGGUCCAGGCCGCCGAGGAGUGGAUCGAGGCUGCUCGGCGCCAUCGAUCCGUCUUCGGUGAAUCGGCACCCGCGCCUUCACCUGUCCGCUACAUUGACAUCGACGAAGUCGUCGAUACAGAAUCCUGCCCCGACUGCGUAGGCUAUGCUUCGUACUGUACGUUGUGCAAGUCCAACGUCAGCGGCGAGCGCUCGGUUCAGGAGCAGCUCAGCUUCAGUAGCGAAAUGCUCGAGCAGUACCCGGAUCCACCAGCCGAGCUCACAGCCUCGAGGAUGUUCCGCUGCAAGCGAUGCUCCCGCGCUACGCAUUACGAGUGCCUAGCUCGUUCGCAGACCGAUGGCGAUCGUUCCCGCGACCACACUGCCGAGUCUGUUCAAGAAGCGGGCUGGCUAUGCACCGACUGCCAACGUUGGCCUGCAGUUGACCAGAUCAUUGCUUGGCGCCAGCUCGAUCGUCGUCUAUGGAAUGACGAGGAGGCCAAGCGUGCCGAUUACGCGACGCUCUCGCCACGUGAGAGUCUGCCGCGAGAGUACCUCGUCGAGUUCAAGGACAAGUCGUUCCGCGAGACAGAGUGGGUCCCACACGACUGGCUGCGCAUCCUGCACCAGACUCUACUCCACCACUUCCUGGCCAAGGGCAGUCGCCUCGAACUUGAGCCUGCCGAGCUCAUCGAGUCGGCCUCGGCCUUGAACAGCGCGCGCCGCAACCGUGCCUCGCUUGCUCUCGGCGGUGGUCGCGCGCUGCCAUCCACGCCCGUCCGCACACAAUCGGUCAAGAAGACGCUCAAGGUGGACGAGACGGGCGAGGUCGACGUUGGCCCGCCUGGUCCUGUGCCUGACGCUCAGCGUCGCAUCCCCAAACCGUGGAAGACGCCGGACCGCAUCUUGGCGGUCAAGUACUACUUUUCCGUCCAGAAGGAGGGCGACGACGAAGACGAGAUCGGCGGCAACAUCAUCGACUCGGACGUGGUUCACCUCGACAAGCUGGAGCCUUCGGACUACCUCCGCAGCUGGAUGCACAAAGUCACCUUCCCUGCUCUGACUGCCGAAGAGAAGCGUGCGAAGCGGGAGCGCCGCCUCGCUAAAUCCGGUUCUCGCUUCCGAGCGCUGGACGAUCAGGCGCACUGCAUCGAAGGUGGCGACCUUAUCGACUUCCAGCUGGAAGGUGUCAACUGGCUUCGCUACGGCUGGUAUCACGAAAAACCAGGCAUCCUCGCCGAUGAGAUGGGUCUCGGAAAGACGGUGCAGAUCAUCACCUUCCUGGCUUCCAUCUGGAAGGAAGGCAGAGCCGGACCUUUCCUUGUGGUGGUGCCAAACUCAACGCUCCCAAACUGGAUGCGCGAGUUCGAAAAGUGGAUGCCGCAGUUUCGCGUCGUGCCCUUCUGGGGCGAGGGUGAGGCGCGAGACAUGAUCUCGCGCUACGAAUUCUUCCAUUCCAAAAAGACGCUCGACAAGACCGGCGGAUCCAUUCGGCCCAUCAAAUUUCACGUCGUCGUCGCUGCCGAAGUCACGGUCCGACUCGAUUCCCUCCCCCUGCGAAAGGUGGAGAGCUGGGACGUGAUCAUUGUCGAUGAAGGCCAGAAUCUGAAAUCCGGCAAGUCGCUGUUGCUGAAGCGGCUCAACGAGCUUCACGCCGAGCAUCGCAUCAUCAUGACGGGUACCCCGCUCAACAACAACGUUGCCGAGCUCUUCAACCUGCUCAACUGGCUGGAGCCUGGGGGCCAGUGGAAGGACGUCAAGGCUCUCGAGGCCGAAUACAGCGUGCUCAAGCCUGAAGUGACUGAGGAGUUGCAGAAGCGUCUGAGGCCAUACUUCCUGCGUCGUCUCAAGAAGGAGGUACUGGAUCUGCCGCUCAAGAUCGAACUCAUCGUGCCAACGUCGUUGCGCCCGAUCCAAAAGCGUAUCUAUCGCUCCAUCCUCGAAUCCAACAUCGAAGACAUCCAGGCCCUCUCAGCAUCUCGCGAGACGGGCGCCAGGAAGGGCAAAAAGUCGAUGAUCGCCAACCUCAACAACACCCUGAUGCAGCUGCGCAAGUGUAUCCAGCAUCCUUACCUCAUUGCGCCGGAUCUCGAGACACGCGAGGGCGAAGAGAACUACGAGGCGACGUGGGAGCACCAGCGAUUGAUCGAUGCCAGCGCCAAGCUGUCGCUCCUGCAAAGGCUGCUCCCUAAGCUCAAAGCUGAGGGUCACCGUAUCUUGCUCUUUUCGCAGUUCGUCAUCAACCUGGACAUCGUCGAGGUCUUUUUGCGCGGAGAGGGGUACAAGUUUCUCCGUCUCGACGGUGAGAUUGGCCAGAAGCAGCGUCAAAAGGGCAUCGACGCGUUCAACGCGCCGGAUUCGCCCUACUUCAUCUACAUGAUCAGCACACGCGCCGGUGGUGUCGGCAUCAAUCUUGCCACUGCGGACACGGUCAUCAUCAUGGACCCCGAUUGGAACCCGCACGUCGACAUGCAGGCCAUUGCCCGAGCUCACCGAAUCGGACAGACCAAGAAGCUGCUCGUCUUUACGCUCAUGUGCAAAGCAACUGCCGAGGAGAGGAUCAUCCAAGCCGCCAAGCGCAAGAUGAUGCUGGACCACCUCAUCGUUCAGAACCUCGACAAGGAGGACGAGACACCGGUCGAGCUCGAGUCCAUCCUCAAAUUCGGUUCACAAGCCCUAUUUGCCGAAGGCGGCACGGAAGAGUCGGAGCGCGACGUCCGCUAUUCCGACGAGGAUCUCGAUUCGCUCCUACGUCGUCGCGAGGAUGCUGUCGAGGAUGACGACAAGAUCCACGAGGUCGACGCCGAGCAGGGAGGCGGACCGAAGGAGACAUUCUCCUUUGCUCGAGUCUGGGAGAGCGAUCGAUCUGAAGCGAAUGCCGACGGUGUUGCGCCUACGACGGUGGUUGACGAUGAUUUCUGGGCCGAUCUGCUGGAGAAGCACCGCGAAGAUGCCGCCGAGCGUGCUGCCGAGGCGCACGAGAGGGAGACGCAGGAGAAGCGCGCGUCGCGUCGAGACCGCAUCAAGGCCAUGCUCGCCGAGGACGAAAGAGCAGAAGCAUCCUCUGUGCCAGCUAAACGAGGUCCUGGCCGUCCAAAGAAGGUGCCCAAGCCUGUCGUCGACGAGGACUUUACCGUCGUGGAUGAACCCAGCGACGACGAAGAUCACGAGCUCAUCGAUGCCGUGUUGGCGGAGGACGAGAUGCUUCCUGCCGUGCAGGCUUUGCGAAAGCGGCAGAUCAAGUCAUCCAACGCUGCCAUCGCCGCCGCUGCGGCUGCCGCCGCGGCCGCAGCAAAGGCCACUGCACCCGUGCCGGCGCCUUCGGUUCCGGCGGACCCGACUGCGCUUUACGCUGCUUCGACUUCGGCUGCAAGUGCUUUGUCUGCGCCUACCGUUGCCGCCAUGAAAGCACGUCCUGCUACUGCUGCACAUGCGGCCAAGCCUGCUAAAGCAAAGAAAACCGCUGCUGCGGCUGCUUUGGCAGCAAGCAAGAAGAGCAACCCUUCCGCGCCUAGCUUUGCAUCGUUGCAACGAGACCUGAUCGCCGAGCACCGCCUGCCCCGCCCGGCGCCACUCGGUGACCUCGAUCUCUCGUUGCCAAUCAGCGAAGUGCGACCGGGUCAUCUGGCGGCAAUGCGCAGGGUGAUGCUUUCGAUGCUGCACGACAGCGACUUUGCGCUCGAAAUUGCGGAUCGGUCCCAGAGCAAUGCAGUGCCACAGCUUUCUCCGCCGCACAUGCGAUUCCAGCUGACGGACACGCACAUCAACUACUACAUGCAGUCGUUCAACGCGCCACGAACCCUUUUCGAAGCAGCGUUCAGCAUCAUCGCAGAGGAGAAUGUACCGGCAGAAAUCUUGGCGCUACCGCACGGUGGUGCGAUCGCUCUGGAUUGGAGGCGCAUCCAGGAGCUUUUAUUGAGAACGGCGACGUACAUGGUUAUGGCACUUCGCCGACCCAAGAGUCAGCAGCCGUGGGCGCGUGCUAUAGCGAUGUGGAAUAAGUCGCAAGCAGGCCGGCCAGCAGCGGCAGUGAUUGACGUUGCCGACUCGCCCGAGGCGGCCACACAGUCACUGCCUCCGCCAGCGCCGACGACUCCCGGCGCGGCCGUUGAUGUGUUGAGGGACUCAGCGCGGCGCGAGGCUUGGGUGGCUGCUGUGGCUGCUCAUGGCGAUGCUGAUUUGACCAAGGUCGCUCAGCUCGUCAAUGCGAAUCCGCUGUCUACGCCGUCGCCGAAUCUGGUGCUGAUGAUGCAGAACUUUAUGGAUGGCAAGGGCGCCAAGCCGGCAUAUGGACCCUCGAAGCUCUCGAUCCGUGCGGGGACGAGGUCGGACGUCUUUGUCGAUCCAGACGUCAUGCCACCGCCGACGUCGACCGUGUCUGCGAGGAGCGCAGGGCUUUCGACGUCGACCCAAUCACCUUCACAGGCACGACCGAACCGUGUCGCUGCUGCGCUGUCGCGACUGUCCGCCUUCUCGGGCGGCAGUCCGGCUCGUAUCGACGUAUCAAAGAAGGAGCUCAGCAAGCUGAAUGUCGACGUUGCGGUCAACUUCCGCAAAGUAGGGCGUCCAAAGUCUUCGAGAAGCAGCAUCGGUGGUGGCUCGCCACGCUCGUCCAUAGGACCCUCGCCGUCGCCCUCACUGCACGGCAUGCGAGGCGACAGCUUCCCACCGCCUGGCAGCCUCGAUGGUGACUCGGAGGCGAUGCACGACGAGUCGUUCGUCAUCUCGGACCAGACGUGCAUCAUCGGCGGUGGACCGUUUCACUACCUUAACCGGUGCCCGGAGAUGGAGGAUGUGACGAGAGCAAGCACGCGGUGGUUCCAGCUGUGCGAGCAGCUGAGGAUCCUGGCGGCGAGGGGUAGGACGGAUGGCGAUCCGGAUGUGGCGACCAUCAAGACGACGAUCAAGGUCAUGGCGAGGAAGCUGAAUGGGUUGAGGAGUCGGAGGAGGUUGGGACCGCUGGUGCCGCCGUUUGCGUGA